CCUCCAAUGCGCCCGUCUUUUUCUCCUUUGCAGUUUCUGCUACUCAUCUCUCAUCCUGAUACUUUCCCGACCCCUCUGCGUAUCGUACAGGCUUCCUGAAAAUUCAACCUUCGCAAAUUAUAUUACGCCACAGAUGAUUCCGGGCUUCAUCUGAAGUUCUUUCGCGUGAUCUUAAGCAUGUGUCAGCGUUCUGAAACAGCCAGGAGAACCCCACCUGGGAUUCUUCUCAUGAGAAGCGUCAGAGGCAAGGAUUGGCGCCUCAAAACCUACAGAUAUAUGGUCCUGAUGAUCACAUUCAUAGCAUAUGCUUGUUACCAUGCUUCUAGAAAACCCAUUGGCAUAGUCAAGAGCGUAUUGCAUCCUCACCCCAAUCCUAAGCUCACUCACGAUCCUAAGUUGAUUGGAGACGGAUGGGCGCCCUUUGAGGGCCCCGAUGGCACUUCGAAAUUGGGGGAGAUUGAUGUCGCGUUUCUGGCUUGUUACUCUUUGGGAAUGUACGUUGCUGGCCACUUGGGGGAUACUCUAGACCUUCGAUUAUUCUUAACCACGGGGAUGAUUGGGAGUGGAAUUUUUGUUGGGAUUUUCGGGAUGGGUUACUUCUGGACUGUUCACUCUUUCUGGUUCUAUCUCGUAAUGCAAAUGAUCGCAGGGUUGUUCCAGGCAACAGGCUGGCCUUGCGUUGUUGCUGUGGUCGGAAACUGGUUUGGGAAAAGGAAGAGGGGAUUGAUAAUGGGUGUUUGGAAUGCUCACACGUCUGUUGGUAACAUAAGUGGCUCACUUCUCGCUGCUAGUGUUUUGGAGGUUGGGUGGGGUUGGUCUUUCAUUGUUCCAGCAGCUUUGAUGGUAUUUGGGGGCUUAAUUGUUUACUUUUUCUUGCCUGCUUAUCCAGAGGACGUACAUUAUGAUGAAGAGGCUCAGCCUCAGACUACCAAAGGUAUUACGUCAGAAGGGGCGGCAGAAUUGGCUUCUGUAGAAGGCUCAGGGAGCAGAAAGAGUGUUGGGAUUUUUGAAGCAUGUAUGAUCCCGGGAGUAAUAACCUUUGCACUCUGCCUUUUCUUCGCCAAGCUUGUUGCCUACACGUUUCUGUACUGGUUGCCAUAUUACUUAAGUCGGACAGAAAUUGGUGGAGAGUAUGUCUCUGUAAAAUCUGCUGGCAACCUUUCAGCUUUAUUCGAUGUUGGGGGGAUUUUUGGAGGCAUUCUUGCUGGCUACAUAUCUGAUAGACUGCAUGCACGCGCUAUAACAGCAGCUAGCUUCAUGUAUGCUGCGAUUUUAUCUAUGCUUUUGUACCGAUUAUAUGGGAAUCUUUCUAUGAACCUCAACGUCGCACUUAUGGUGGUGACUGGACUAUUUGUAAAUGGCCCCUAUGCACUGAUCACCACUGCGGUUUCUGCCGACUUGGGCACACACAGUUCUCUUAGAGGUAAUUCUCGUGCUCUAGCUACUGUGACUGCCAUAAUAGAUGGCACUGGAUCAGUUGGUGCGGCUAUUGGCCCUCUUCUUACUGGCUUCAUUUCAAGAAAAGGAUGGGAUGGAGUUUUCAUUAUGCUCAUGUUGAGUGCUUUUGCUGCUGGCCUUCUUUUAUCGCGUUUGGUCAUAGCUGAAAUUGCUGAGAAAGCUGGCAAAUCAAUACCUUUCUCCAGUGAAAGGCACAACCCUGGAGCCCCUGCAUGUCGGCCCCUUCUAAAUGAGGAACGCUGACACACAAGUUUGACCUCAUGAACCUUCAGCAUCUAAAUUCUCGAGUUUAAUAAGAAAAAUAAAUUGCCAGACUUGGAUAGUGGUUCUGGCAGUAGCUAAUAAUAUGCUUCCUCUCUUUUUGUGAUGUAACUUUAUGUAUAAAAGUGAUAAAAGUUGAGACAUCGAUAAUGGCGUGUUCGUCUGACAAGUGAAGUAUAUAGUGUACAGAUACAAUAGGGGAGUUACUUUGGUGGUGAUUAUAAAGAUGGAGUCAGAAGCCAGGAGGCGGAAUUGAAGUUAAAUUUUGUGUGUGGUGUCCCUGAUGGAGGGGUCAAAAGCAAAGGCCAUCCCAGGAUCUUGUGAAUAGGAUGAAGACAAGAAGAAAUAACAUAAAUUAUAGGUCCCGUAUGCUACGAAAUAUUAAAAAUAAAGGAUAG